CCUAGUUCGCCCCAUCUCCUCCGCAUCGUGCCACCACAUCCCGCUCUUGAUCCAUGGCGCCGCCGCCACCGCCGUCCAAGGAAAUCACCGGGGAUCGAGCAGAGCCGCCACCACCGUCCAAGGAAAUCGCUAGGGAUCGAGCAGAACCUUGCGGGAAUGCGUCCUCUGCUCUCUCCCUCAUCCUGCCGAUGCCAUCUUUGGCUCCCGCUCCUCCUCCGCCGUCAAAGGGGGUCAUCGUGGAGAAAGCCGAGCCUUGUGUGGCUGCUCCUUCCCCAAUUCUGUCACCUGCUCCCCCGCCUCCUCCUCUUCUGCUCCCAGGAAUGCACAGACCUCACCUUCCACUCACCUCACCUUCACCUCCCAGCGGGCGCUUCACUGGAUCUUUUCGGCCCCGGUUCUUGCCCGUGCCCGUGCGUGGACACCGUGAUCCACCGCCGGGCUACCGGGCUGCUGCCCCUUCUUGGUCGGAGCUCCACUGCCUCCCGCGCCGCGCGUAGAUCCGUGUUUGUGCCUGUGCCUGUGCAUGUUCAUUGCUACUCGGCGACUGCUCCCGGUUUCCCCAGCCAGCUGAUUGAUUGCUAGUGGAGUACUAGCUCCUAGUAGGCAUGCAGCUCACCGCUCCCUACUUCUCACGGGUGGCUUCCUCCACUUCCGGGCUCGGCUCCCGCGGUUGCUCUCGUCGGAUUCCAGCCUGUGAUUCGGGCACUUCCUUCACCGCCAAAACGGAAUUUUUCUGCGAUUUCCAUCAUCUAUAGUAGUAUAUGUGACAGUACAGUUACCCGGUACCCCCCGCCGCACUAGUUUCUUGUCGGAUCCCCACUGAAAAAAGACCCAGUAGAGAGAAGAGCGCAGGCAACCAAAGUAUGCUUUGAUUAUUUCCAUUUCAAAUUCAUGUGUAAUAAUAACACUUACAAAUAUCUCACUAACCAUAUACAUCUGCGAAUGGGCUUAUGUAACAAAAGAGUGUACAUCCUUGGUCUAUAGUUAAGUGGUUAAGGGCAUCCUGUGCUUCUGCAAAAGGAUACAUAAUAUUCAGUUUUUGCAGUAA